AUGGCAACAAGGCAAGUUUAUAGAAAAAUAUGGACUGUCAUUUCUUGCGAUUAUCUAUCUGUUGAUUCUAUUUAUAUCUAUCUAUCUAUCUAUCUAUCUAUCUAUCUAUCUAUCUAUCUAUCUAUCUCAGUUCAUGCGUAUCUAUCUAUCUCAUUCAUUAUCUAUCUCAGAUUGUUCAUAUCUAUCUCAGUCAGUUCAUUAUCUAUUUACCUAUGGAUCUAUCUAUCUAUGUAUAUUCAUAUCUCUAUCUAUAUAUCUAUUAAUCUAUCCCCUUAUCUCUCUAUCCCUAUUCAUCUAUCUAUCCCUCUUCAUCUAUCUAUCUAUCUAUCUAUCUAUCUAUCUAUCUAUCUAUCUAUCUAUCUAUCUAUCUAUCUCAGUUCAUACGUAUCUAUCAAUCUAUCUAUCUAUCUCAGUCAGUUCAUUAUCUAUCUCAGAUUGUUCGUUUCUAUCUCAGUCAGUUCAUAUAUAUCUAUUUAUCUAUGUAUAUUCAUAUCUCUAUCUAUAUAUCUAUUUAUCUAUCCCCCUAUCUCUCUAUCCCUAUUCAUCUAUCUAUCUAUAAGUGUAUAUAACGCUAAACAAAAUCAAUCACCGCACCAAAAUCUAUCUAUCUAUCUAUCUAUCUAUCUAUCUAUCUACAUGGAAGUGAGUUCUUCACAUCUUUUCACAUCUAUCUAUCUAUCUAUCUAUCUAUCUAUCUAUCUAUCUAUCUAUCUAUCUUUUGUAGCAUACCUACGGCGAUAA